AUGACAAAGGGAUUCGCAGCUUUCACUCCGCAGGUCGAGGAGACCUUUGAUCAGGUCAAGGAGACCGACACCCUUGACUACAUUUUCUACGAAGCCAACGCACACGACAAGAAGAUCUACGUCGCUGGAUCCGGCAAGUACACAGAGUACACCGAUUUCAUUGCUCAAUUCAGAGACGACACUCCCCGGUAUGCGGUCGUCAAGUUCAAGUACCCAGCUCCGAUCGGGAGUGAAGAGCGACACAAGAUUGUCCUCAUCACUUGGGUGCCGGAGGAAGCAGGUAAUCAUGACAAGUCCUACUACACCUCCAACAAAGAUCAUCUCUACUACUCCCUUGACGGCAUCAGUCUCCACGUGCAGGCACAUAACCAGGAUGAACUCGCUCAUGCUACCAUCCUGAAGCAGUUCAAAGCACUGUGA